AUGCAUUCAUCAAAUAUAUGUAAAGCUUUAAGAAAAAGCAUUUCAUUUACAAACAAUAUUAAUAAAUCAUCAAGGUUAUAUACUCAAUCAAAUCAUCACUCUUUCAGAAACUAUCAGACUAAAAUAUUAAACUACUCUCCAAUUCUAUCUACAUCAAACAUUAAUUCGGCAUCAAUUUUCAAACCUGUUUCAUCAUUAUAUAAUUUAAAUCAUUGUAGAAAUAAUUACUCUUCAUCUUAUUCUUCAUCGUCGUCAUCAUCUUCAAACAAUCAACAACACCAAGAACAACAACAAGAACAAAAAGAAGAGCAUAAAUCAAAUAAUAACAAUAAUGAAAGUUCAAACAAAUUCAAAAGAACUUUAUUUUAUGCAUCUGGAACAAGUAUUGCCUUAUUUAUUGCUAUGAGUAGCAUGAAUACCAGUGGUAACAACAACAAUAAUAAUAAUAAUGGCUCUUUUAUUGAGAGAAUUCUAAGCCGAUUCAAAAUUACUGAAGGAACCUUAACGAUUGCUUCGAUCAUUGCAUUGAACGGUGCCAUCUUUUUACUCUUGAAAAAUCCAGCUUUCUUCAACCGCUAUAGUAACCAUUUCUUUUGCUCCGUUCACAAUAUCUCGUCGCAUCCAAUGUGUUUGUUGCUCUCCAACUUUACACACAUCGAAGGAUUCCACUUUCUCUUCAAUAUGGUCGGUCUCUGGUCGUUUGGCCAGGUCGCAUAUGAAUACAUGGGAAUGUUGCCAUUCUUGGCGUUGUACGUCGGUGGUGGACUCAUGGGAACACUCACCAGUGUCACACACAAGCUUAUUACCCGCGGUUUCAACAUCCCAUCGAUCGGUGCAUCGGGUUGCGUGCUGGCAGUCGUCGCAGCAAGCAUUCUCUUUGAGCCAAACAACCGUGUAUCGAUCAUCUUCCUCCCGUUCCUCAGCUUCGAGAGUCACACCAUGUUGUAUGCGCUGAUCGCUUUCGAUCUUGCCGGUGUGCUGGGACUCGGUAGAUUCACCAAUUGGGAUCACAGCUGCCAUCUCGGAUCGACCUUGGCCGGUGCCAUUCUCGCCGACAGCUACCGAUACAAAGCAAACUUCCAGAACUUCCAAGGACAAGGCACUACCUCCGUGAAAAACCUAUCGACCUACUCCGGACACUUUAGCAACGGACUCUACAAUGGAUCGGGUGUACUUCAUAACAUCCCAAACAAUGAAGUCUUCAAGGGAUUAUUUAAAGAUGGUACAUUUGUAAGUGGUGAACUACGUCGUAAUGGAAAGUCAUAUUCAGUUCAAAGAGUUGUUUCAUAA